CUCCGAGAGCGCAGCUUCCUGUUGUCAGUCGCCGGGAAGCCGCUGGGUCGGGUCACAGGAUUAGGGUCUGCAACGGCCUGAAGUAGCGGCCCCCCUUCCUCGCUCCCUCUGGUGUCAUGUGAUUCUCUGAGGGAGCUGCUGCGUGAGUGGAAAUGCUCUCAGUGGUGGAAAAUGGACUGGACCCCCGGGCUGCCAUCCUGGUCAUCAAGAAGAAGUUAGUGGGAUCUGUGAAGGCGUUGCACAAGCAGUAUGUGUCCUCGGACACAGUGGUCACCAGUGAAGACGGAGAUGCCAACACCAUGUGCAGCGCCUUGGAGGCCGUAUUUAUCCAUGGCCUGCACGCCAAGCACAUCCGAGCCGAGUCUGGGGGGAAGAGGAAGAAAAGCGCCCCCCAGAAGGCUCUGCCGCAGCCUGUCUUCUGGCCCCUCCUGAAAGCUGUCACCCACAAACACAUCAUCUCGGAACUGGAGCACCUGACCUUCGUCAGCACGGAUGUGGGCCGCUGCCGGGCCUGGCUGCGGCUGGCCCUGAACGACGGCCUGAUGGAGUGCUACCUGAAACUGCUCCUCCAGGAGCAGGCCCGGCUGUGCGAGUACUAUCAGCCCGCAGCCCUGCUUCGGGAUGCCGAGGAGGGCGAGUUCCUCCUCAGCUUCCUGCAGGGACUGACAUCCUUGUCCUUCGAACUCUCCUACAAGUCCGCCAUCUUAAACGAGUGGACACUUACCCCACUGGCUCUCUCUGGGCUUUGCCCCCUCUCUGAGCUCAACCCCCUUACCACCUCUGGGAUGGAACUGCAGCGGAAGGAGUCUGUGGAUUCAGUUUCCCAUUCCUCAGGCUCAGAGGACAUCGAAGUCCAGCACUCAGGCCACAAGAUCCGACGGAACAAGAAGCUCACUGCCUCCUCCCUCAGCCUGGACACGGCCAGUUCAUCCCAGCUGUCCUGCAGCCUAAACUCUGACAGCUGCCAACUCCAGGAGAACGACUCCAAGAGUCCAGACCAUUCCGGGGAGCCCAUGUCCUACGACUCAGACCCGGGGGCAGCAAACGCCGAGGAUUCAGACUCAUCUCUGCAGGAGGUGUUGUCGGAAUUCAGCAAAGCCCAGGUGAACUCUGUGCCAACCAGCAGACUGAGCCGAGAAGCAGAGAUCCCCACCCUGCAGGCCUCACUCGCCUUCCACGGCCUCCACACUAGCUCACACCUGCACUUCGAUGUGCCUGCAGAGUCCCACCCCACCCAGGCGACCCUGGGGACUCAAGAUGGCGGCCACAAGCAGGAGGCAUCUUCCCAGGCACCUGGCACCCUGGGCUUGCAGCAGCUGGGCACCAUCCAAACUGUCCUUUUGGGGAGCACUUCCAGCCAGCAGCCUUCUAGUCUGAUGAGAGAGACGACCAGAGCAGUCAGCCAAGGGAGUGGCCAGCAGAAGCCCCCGAAGGAGGUUGGAGCUGGUCUGAGCCUUGUCGUGUCCUCACCCACCAGUCCGGAAAGCAAGAACUGGAUCUCGGAAGAUGACUUCUACCGGCCUCCCCAGGAUCGACUGGCAGAGAGUCCUUCAGAGAGCGGCACAGCUCCUUCCAGAGGGACCCCAGGCUCAAGGCCUUGUCUCCUCAGGCAGCUUUCUCAAGGACCAAGAAAAAGCUCCUCCAUGGGGGCCUUAGACACAGCUUGCAUGCCUUUCCCAGGAAGCAGGAAAAGCGAGGUGGCUGCGGUGCAGGAGGGCAAGAACUUCAGGGUGGUGCACCGCCGACAGAUGGGGCUCUCCAACCCCUUCCGCGGUCUCAUGAAGCUGGGCACGGUGGAGCGGCGUGGGGCAAUGGGCAUCUGGAAGGAGCUCUUCUGCGAGCUCUCCCCGCUGGAGUUCCGUCUCUACCUGCACGGAGAGGAGCGCAUGUGCGUGGAGAGCUGCUCCCUGCUGCGCUGCGAGUCUGUGGGGCCGGCCCACAGUGAUGGCCGCUUUGAGCUGGUCUUCUCUGGCAAGAAGCUCACUCUGCGGGCCUCCUCCCAGGAUGAGGCUGAGGACUGGCUGGACCGCGUGCAGGAGGCCCUGCAGAAGUGCCGGCCCCAGCAGGAGGAGGAGUGGGUCAACCUCCAGUACCCAGACCAGCCGGAGGAGCCCCCCGAGGCCGCCCAGGCUAGCUUCCCCACCCGCUUGGACCUGCUCACGGAGCCUGGACAUCUCCAGGGCACGCAGUUUGGUGGGUCCCCUGCCCAAGUUCCUGAGCCAGAUGCUAUUAAGGAAUCCCUUCUGUACCUGUACACAGACAGGACCUGGACACCCUAUAUUUUUUCUCUGUCCUUGGAGUCUCUGAAAUGUUUCCGCAUAAGAAACAAUGAGAAGAUGUUAAGUGACAGCCACGGAGUUGAGACCAUCCGUGAUGUCCUGCCAGACACCAGCCUUGGGGGCCCAUCCUUCUUCAAAAUCAUCACAGCCAAGGCUGUCCUGAAGCUGCAGGCUGGGAAUGCCGAGGAGGCCGCCCUGUGGAGGGAUCUGGUGCGCAAGGUCCUGGCAUCCUACUUGGAGACGGCCGAGGAGGCAGUGACACUCGGCGGGAGUCUGGAUGAAAACUGUCAAGAGGUGCUGAAGCUGGCCACACGGGAGAAUGGCUUCCUGCUGCAGUACCUGGUGGCCAUCCCCACGGAGAAAGGCCUCGACUCGCAGGGCUGCUUCUGUGCAGGCUGCUCCCGGCAGAUUGGCUUCUCAUUCGCACGACCCAAGCUCUGUGCCUUCUCUGGCCUCUAUUACUGUGACAUCUGCCACCAAGAUGAUGCCUCGGUGAUUCCAGCCAGGAUCAUCCACACCUGGGACCUCACCAAGCGCCCGAUCUGCCGGCAGGCCCUGAGGUUCCUGACACACAUCUGGGCCCAGCCCCUCAUCAACCUGCAGCUGGUGAACGCAUCUCUGUAUGAACAUGUGGAGCAGAUGCGCCUUAUUGGGAGGAGCCGGGAGCAGCUGAAGCUUCUGGGGGAUUACCUGGGCCUGUGCCGAAGUGGAGCCCUGAAGGAGCUAAGCAAGAGGCUCAACCACAGGAAUUAUCUCUUGGAGUCUCCCCACAAGUACAGUGUUGCUGACCUCCAGCAGAUCACAGAGGGGGUAUAUGAAGGCUUCCUCAAGGCCCUCAUUGAGUUCGCCUCCCAGCACGUCUACCACUGCGACCUGUGCACCCAGCGCGGCUUCAUCUGUCAGAUCUGCCAUCACCAUGACAUCAUCUUCCCCUUUGAGUUUGACACCACAGUCAGGUGUGAUGAAUGCAAGACCGUGUUCCACCAGAGCUGCCAGGCAGUGGUGAAGAAGGGCUGUCCCCGCUGUGCCCGCCGACGCAAGUACCAAGAGCAGAAUGCUCUCACCUAACCCAGUACCCUGUCCCCACGGAGACUGUGGGAUGGGGUUCAGCCCAGUCAUCCCAGCUGGGUUUGCCCUCAGCCCGGCUACUCCCGUUCCCACAAGAUAUCAUGGCUGUCUGCCUUGGCAAGAAGACUCUUGGAUGUGAUCAGAGCUCAAGCCUUCCAAGGAAGCCCAGGAAGCCCGUGAAGAUGUGCCCCAGUCCCCUCACCACCUAUCUGCCCUGGGAGGUUGUAGGCAACCCAAUGCCCCUGUCCCAGGUGGAGGAGGAGGGGAGCUUUGUGCUAACCAGCUCACCUCACUGAUGUUAUCUCCAUCAGGGCUGUUUAACACUGUGGUAAAAGACUUGGGGUGCAUUUUCAAUUACACAUUCCUGAUUUAAAGGUCUAGUUUUUUAAGGUGGGUUUUUUUCCCUUCCUAUUUCAACAGAAAAUAUUUUUUUAUUCCUGACCCUACAUAAGUCACCCAGGAAAUCCAGGCAUACUCAGCCUGAGCAAACGUGUGAGAGCAUUUGCCUACAGGCAGGCGGGUGGCUGGGCAGGCAGGCUGCCGCUGGGACAGAGCCUGUCAGCUAGACAGGAUGCCUUUCCUUCACCCGCGGUGGGUGCUGGCUGCCGCCUGAAGUGCAGUUUGCCGCACUGCCUAGGCCAGUGGGGUCACCUGAUAACCACCCUCUUUCUCUCCCUCUCCUCUUUCUCCCUGCUCCAUCCUGCUCCCCUGAAAAGCCCAUCACCUUUCUCUGAGACAGAACCCCUGGCUGUUCCAUAGCCUGGGCUCUUGGUCCCAGCAGGAGAAGGGGGAUGACUCAGCCGCACUGUUAGCACUUUGAGCCCUCCUUGGUCCAGGGAAGAGUCAGCAUCUUGCCCACCCCUCGGCCCCAUGCCCUUCUCCCUCCUCCCACAGACCAGAAGCCAGAUGGGCAGGGCGCUACUGCAGACACUCAAAGGGGACGCAGCCUACCCGACUGCCCCUUGCUAGGCCCACAGGGCAGUAAGCCAGGGCCAGGGGCCAGCCUCGGGCACCGUGACUGCCAGGCCCCACACUGUAGAGCACGUACCCCCUGCCCUUCCACAGAGUGCCAGCCCUGCUGCUGAGAUGGGCAGGGACAUGCAGAAGAAGCCACCCUUGUGGAAGGAUGCUCAGCCUCAGUUUACAAAGCCAUGAAUUCACAAAGCUUGCUGGACUGGCCCAGGAAGAGCACUGCCAGAGACUGGAAAUUUCACCUAAGCACGAUUGCCUUUUGAAAGGAUUUUUGGGGUGGGGGAGCUGUGAAUUGUUUUUAAAGUGAUGUUUAGACUCUAUAGUUUGGGGGGAAUCUGGAUGUUAUUUCCCUGCUGCCUUCUCCCACCUUUUCAGGACCCAGUAGGCCCCCUUCAGCCCUGAGGUCCUCGGCCAUCCUGUCUGUUCUCAGCGUGGACUGGGGGUAGAGAUUGCCUAUCAUUGUCAAGAGAUGAGCGUACUCCCACCUCUCCCUUGGGGUGACUUGGCUGCUGAGUCACCUGCCCAGCCCUGUGGAGCUGGAUAUAUUGUGCAAUAGAUAGAGGAGGUGGUAGGCAGGUGGGGGAGGGGGGCAGCUGCCACACAGCUUCUCUGUCCCCACCAUGGAAGAUGGUGCACACCUAUGCCCAGCACACCAAAACCUCCUAAACUGGGAAGUGGGUCCUUGUCCCCACCCUCCUCCCCCAUAGCCGGCAUUAAUGCUCUACCACACACAGCCUGAUCAGAGCUGGAACUGCCCCAGGUCCCUAAAUUGGCAGGCUCUGGCAGUGGGCAGUGGCACCUGAGCCCAACCCUGUUUCCUUGGGCCUGUGGGCAUAUUCUGUAUUCCAGAAGAUGCCCUAGGAGGCAGCAGGAGUGAAGCUCUGCAGGAGCUCACUUUGGUUGGGGGGCCUACCCCACCUCACCCCCUGCCCUCCAGGGGAUCAGUAGCAUUAGAGGUGACCCUCUCUGCAUUACCAAGAUGCUGCUAAUACUUAAAGAUGAGUUGGCUUUUACCCCCUCACGUCCAACGGAAAGUGAGGUUGAACCUCAGUAAUGCCCACACUAUUUUUUAAAUGUCUUAUGCAAUAAACUGUUUCUAGUGAGGGGCCCCUGCUCUAGGAAGUGCUUUAUGGCAUCUUGAAGGAAUUGCUGUCAUGUGAUUUUUGAAUGACUUUGCAGUAAAGACCUGAUCUUUCUAA